GCAUUUAUUUAUAAAUAUUCACAAUAUAUUUUCCUAAGCGUCUUUUCUAUAAAAAGGUUUCCUUAUCUAUCCAUCUUCCGGAUAUCUUUCUUAAUCAAAUAAAGAAUUGAUUUUUCGUGUAAGUGGAUUAAAAUCACAACCGAACCAGCUUAAAUACGCUCAGUGUAACGCAAGCAUGGGGGAUGGUGUGGUAAAGAAUGGUGCGUAUAAAUAUGACGAUAGUACGAAAUAUAUCGGAGAUUGGAAUCGUAAGGGAUUGAAACACGGCGCCGGUUUGUUAAUUCUUCCGGACGGAACACGAUACGAAGGAGCAUUCCAGAAUGGAUUAUGUUCUGGUUUGGGAGUUAUUGUAUUUCCCGAUGGGGCAAAAUACGAGGGCGAGUUUAUGCAAGGAUGGUUCCAUGGUCAUGGUGUAUUUUGGAGAGCCGACGGAAUGAAAUUCGAAGGGGAAUUUCGCGGGGGUCGUGUCUGGGGCUUAGGUUUAGUGACUUAUGCCGAUGGAUCGCAUGGGUUUCCGAGGAAUGAAGGUUUUUUUCAAGAUUGUAGACUAGUAAGACGACGACGUUGUCCGGAUAUAAUACAAAAGGCGCAAAAAAUUUCUAUGAUGGCGCGUGCGCAAGGCAGUUGAAUGGAAAUAGAUAUUUAGUUAUUACAUGAUUAGAAGGAAGACUAGUAUAUAAAGCCAGCGGCACGAUGCUUGUUUUUGUGCUGGAUUGCAUGCGAGCAAUUCUUUACUUGACAAUUCUUUAAUAUCGAAAUUACGAUUGGUCAAUUAAGACGCUCACAUCAAGACGCGAUCUAGUACGAAAAAUCGUACGGUGUGCCGCAGGCUUAAGUAGUUUUGUUUGCUAGUUUAUAUUGCAAAUAUUGAUAAAAUUGUAACAAAAAUGAAAAUACAUCUAUAUGUGCUUUAUACAUUGA